CUCUCUAAAUGAAGCGGGUGUCAUUUGAGGCGGUCCUGGUUUGCAUUGUUUUUUGUAAAUGGGCAAAUCGCUCUAGCUCUUUCUACAGUUUUCUAUCCUCCUUCAUUGUCCGUGGCUGGUUUUAGUGGGCGGGUUAUGCAGUGGGGGUGGUAUUCUGUGUGAAAUAUAGCCUUAAGUGUGCUUUACUGAACACCUGGAUGCUGUGCUGAUGUGUUUUGUGCGUGUCCCCUGCGCAGACGGAUGGAUGCUGGAGAUCCGGGGCUGAGAUGAGAUAAGCGUCCUCUGUCUCCGCCGAGCUGCUGCAGCGCCGAGCACGCAGAAAAGAGCCGGAAUACGGGAUUUAACGACUGAUUCUGCCUGUGAGCUCAAAGCUUUGCCUCCUAUUUUGCGCCGCCACCCCGAUAAUGCUCCUGCCGCUGCUCUCCAGAGGUGAUGUGAGCUGAACUUGCUGGAGGGGGGGGUGAAAGCCGCAGAGGAGCUGUCCGUCUGUCGAGGUGCUGAUGCGGCUGUGACAGAAGCGAGCAUGGCUGCCGGGAAGUUGCUGCUCUACGCCGGGCUCUCUCUUUCUCUCUGCGCCCUGGGCAUGCUGGCCGUGGCGAUGUGCUCCGACCACUGGUACGAGACCGACGCCAGGAGGUACAGGGACCGGUGCCGAAGCUUUUCCAGCCGCCGCAAGGACCCGGGCUUCAUCUACAUCCCCAACAACAGCCUGCCGCUGCGGGCCAGCCGGAGCAACCUGCCCCGCUGGGAGGAGAAGCUGCUGCUGGCCCGGAACCGGCGGCAGCUGUUCGCCAUGAGCGCCGCGGACGAGUGCAAUAGGCAGUAUAACUCAACCAACAUGGGGCUGUGGAGGAAAUGCCAUCGGCUGGGCUUCGAUCAAGAAAUCGAAGACCUCAUCCGGAAAGGUUCCUUUGCAAGGUGUUCCUACAUCAAGUAUCACUACUCCUCAGCUACAAUACCCAAAAACCUCUCCUACAAUAUCACCAAGACAAUAAGGCAGGACGAGUGGCACUCCCUCCACCUGCGGCGAAUGACAGCAGGUUUCAUGGGCAUGGCAGUGGCCAUUAUCCUGUUCGGUUGGAUCAUUGGCGUGCUCGGCUGCUGCUGGGACAGAGGCCUUAUGCAGUAUGUGGCCGGCCUUCUUUUCCUUAUGGGAGGAACCUUCUGCAUCAUCUCACUCUGUACCUGCGUUGCUGGAAUCAACUUCGAGCUGUCCCGUUACCCACGGUACCUGUACGGCCUGCCUGACGACAUCGGCCACGGCUACGGCUGGUCCAUGUUCUGUGCCUGGGGAGGCCUCGGCCUCACCCUCAUCGCCGGCUUCUUCUGCACCCUGGCUCCCUCUGUUCAGCCGAUACCCCGAUCCACCUGCCCCAAGUCCAGACAGGAGAAUGGCACCGUCUGCUAAAGCUGGCAGCUGUGAGAAGACCAACUGAAUCCACAGAUUGACAACAAACAGAAAAAACAGUUCCAUGUCUUCAUCCGUCCACUCAUUUCUCAUCUCUCCUGGUUACAGAUUUUUAAUUUUAGUUGUGUGUGUGUUUAAAAAUGGGUGUCUUGAUGAUCUGCUAUCUUGAAAAUAACAGUAAAAAACCGAAGAACUUAAGAAAUAUUAUCAAAAAUUUGAAGUUGUGCUUGUUUUGUUGUUGUGGAGCAGAUGCUGGAAUGGACCAUUACCCUGAAAGGUUGCAAAGGAAACAAGUGGAGACACUGAAAGACAACAUUUUGGAGAGUGAAUGCUUGUAGCAAAAGAGGGGAAACCCAACUGCUUCUAUUAACUGGUCUACCGUGAUUGUGAAGGACUCAAUGAAUCAGCAGUAUUAGAGAGAAAACGUCAGAUUGUUACGAUCAAGUCAUGGAGGUUUCUCAUGGAGUUGGCCUCUUUAAGCCUCCUGUUGGAUCAUUCACAAGGGAAUGGACCAGACAUGAAACCAUGUGACUUGCUCGGCUGGGAUCAUGUUCAGUGGCCAUCUGUUGACUUUCAGUGUUCCAGCUUCUGAAGUCCGUCCAGUUACUUGGGACAUGCGGGCAAAAAGGAGAUCCAGGACCUGCACUGUUGUACAUUAUUGUACAGAAUAUUCCAGAGAAGAGACAACCAGGAACUGUCAUGUUGGACCAUUUUCAUUCUCGUGUAGGUGCAUUCCAUUCUGUCUGAUAUGUCCCAUAUGCCAUUUAGCAUUUUAUACAUGCAUUCCUCUUUUAUUCAAAGUGUAUUUUCCUUUUUACUGAACCCACCACAAACUGUCGACUGAGUGUACCUUCAGAGCAAAUGUUGUGUUUGUUUGAAUUGUUUCCCAUUCUAGUCAUAGAGGUUAAUGUGUGUAUGAGUGUGUGUAUGUGUGGGGAGGCAUUGUUUUGCAGUCUCUAUUGAAAAAAGCUGAAAAAAAUGAUCAAAAUGACAAAGUGGAGCCCUGCCUUGGGGAUUUAUAAAGGCAGGAGGAUUGAUGAAAAGACAGACGUAAUGGAGAGAUGUAGUAUCUUGUUCAACCCAACUGACUUCUGCAUUGUAAUCUUUUCUGGAGAUCCCCAGCACAGGCAGAUGAGUCAUUUUAAAUUGGUGCGGCAUGUUCAGCGCUGUAUUCUGUUGCCCUGAGCAACUAUGGAAGGCUUAAGAAAUCACGUCUGAUAAGAAGGCGCUCCGGCAUUUCUUCCCGGGAAUCUGUGAACAUCGGCUGUUUCUCAGAGCACACAGCCUUUCCUCCAGCUCUUAUUUUUUUUUACCGACAACCAAGACGUGGCAUGGCUUUCUUUGUUACAAUACAGUAUCAAAGCACAAGGCUAAAAAGGUGUCAUAUUAACUCUAGACCGAAAAAGAAAAGCUAAGAAUCCUCAAGGCUUCGGCCAUCAAUCAUAAGUCGGAAAUCAAAAUACACACUAGCAUGGGCUUGAAUACUUCUAUGCACAUUAGGAAGGAGGAUCAUAAUGCAAUAAAUAGGCCAUUUAAACUCUCAACAGGACCAAAUGCAGCAGUUAGUUGUACAGCCUUUGACAGAAGGCAUCCAGACCUGAGCUUUGAACUCUAACAUUACAAAUACAAUAAGCAGACACUCAAAGGUAGCGAUACCACAGUCAAUGUGAUCCUCCAUUGGAACCAUGUAUUAAACAACCAUUGUAUAGCAGAUCCAGAAACAAAACCUGAACAGGGAUCUGUUCAAGAUAAUUCCGGUUAAUUACAACUUGGGUCUUGAACUGUGAUAGACAGUUUGUUAGACACAACCAUCUGGGAAGUUGUCAUUGGAAACCGUUUAGAAAAGGGCAGACAUUUUCAAAAAGUACUUGAUGAUUGGAUGAACCAUCUGUCCGCCUAUCACAGGCGAACUUCAAUCAAUCAGAUCAAUGAAUCAUGUAACAUAGUCAAACUCUUAUUGAAGCCAGUCGAGAGAAGAGAGAAAACAUUUUUUCAUCAACAUCUCCAUUACAUAGAGAAAUGCCUUCAAUGCCGUCCAUUGCUCUUUUCUCAAUAAAGAAAUAGUCCCCAGUUCAGAUAUAACUGAUGCUAGCAGCAUCUACGCUAACCUCUUUAGCAGCCACUGUUGUUGUCUUCGAGCAUACAGGUAUUUCUCUCACAUUAAACAUUAAACCACACCCUUAUCUCAUGCGCCUCAAAAGACGCUGAUUGCCCCGAACCACAGUGGUUCAGAGGACUGUCUAAUCCAUCUUGCCAGGCUUCGAGCUAUGUGUUUGUGUCAGAACCACUGUGGUUGAUGGAUUCUAGCAUGAUAUUGUCAUCUCACAACUCUAGCUGCCUAGCUAGGUUAUUAUUUUUUAAAGCCCUUACCCCAAUUGGAGCAGGGAUUCUUACAUUUUUUUAAUCUGGGACACUGAUUUGUAGUAGUAGUGUCUUGUCCAUCUUGCCAGGCUUCAAGCUAUGCGCUUGUUUCCAACGUAUUUUUUAUUUUGUAAACUCUUCUCCCAAUUAGAUCAGGGAUUCUCUGGAUCUGGGGACUGGCAAGCAAGUCAACAUCAGUCUUGCAGACCUAUGGUGUGUGGGAGGUGUGGUUAAUCUCGGGUUACCUAUGUUUUAUGUGUUUAGAAACUACUGUCAGACACAGUCUUUGUUCUAAAUUGAGACAAGUCAAAUGAUUCAGUCCAGUGAAUGAUGCUAAAGCUGCCAGUAUGCUUCAUCAGACAAAAUUACAAAACAAUUAAGUAUAAUAUAAUAUAAAUAUAUAAUGUAUUCCAACACAUUCUCAUCCCAGGUCGCCAAAUAUUGACACCAUUUUGUCACAUCCCUUUUUAACAUGGAGUAAACAUUGUAAAACAGGCACAGUUUGGUUAGGCCUGAAACUACUUGGUUAGGUUUAAGAAAACAUCAUGAUUUGUGUUAAAAAAAGUAAGUUAUGUGACACAAGUGUCUUACAUGUCACAUUGCCAUUACUGCACAUAGUCACAUAGCCUACAUAAGGUUAUGAAACAUAAUACUUUAAAUGACUUUUGGUUUCACACAGGACACAAACCCUAGCCUCCUUGGUAAAAGUCCUGUCCAUCCACCCCAACAACCUCCUUACAUGAACUUUGCCGUUACACUGAAGUUAGAUGACAGCCUACUGCAUCUUAAACAGACACUAAAAGGUAACUUGUGUGUCUGUAUGGAGACACAAAGGGGUGUGAAAAACGUUGGUAUUUGACGCCCACGGAAAGAGAAUGGGCUGUGAAUUCCAGGGACUACAAAUAAAAAAUGGCCUUUUGGCUAACUGUCAUUUACCGCUAGUUUAUAAUGUGCUCUGUAUCUGUUAAACAAAAAACAAUAAAACAAAUACUUCAAGUUCAAAA